UCUGUCUGCAGGUCUGGCUGGGGGCCGGGCGGCGGCGGCGGCGGCGGUGGCAGCGGGAGAUGCCCGGGUGGCCCGCGGAGGUCCAUGUGGCGCUCUAGGUGGGAUGCCGGUGUCCUGAAGGCCGAGGCCCUGGCCCUCCUGCCCUGCGGCCUGGGCAUGGCGUUCUCCCAGUCCCACGUGAUGGCCGCGCGGCGGCACCAGCACAGCCGGCUCAUGGUCGAGGUGGACGAGUACAGCUCCAACCCCACGCAGGCCUUCACCUUCUACAACAUCAACCAGGGCCGCUUCCAGCCGCCCCACGUGCAGAUGGUGGACCCGGUGCCUCACGAUGCCCCCAAGCCACCCGGCUACACGCGCUUUGUCUGCGUCUCUGACACCCACUCGAGGACCGACCCCAUCCAGAUGCCCUACGGUGACGUGCUGAUCCACGCGGGGGACUUCACGGAGCUGGGGCUCCCGAGCGAGGUGAAGAAAUUCAACGAGUGGCUGGGCAGCCUGCCCUACGAGUACAAGGUGGUGGUGGCCGGCAACCACGAGCUCACCUUCGACCAGGAGUUCAUGGCCGACCUCAUCAAACAGGACUUCUACUACUUCCCGUCCGUGUCCAAGCUGAAGCCCGAGAACUACGAGAACGUGCAGUCGCUGCUGACCAACUGCAUCUACCUGCAGGAUGCCGAGGUCACCGUGCGGGGCUUCCGCAUCUACGGCUCCCCGUGGGAUCCGUGGUGGGGCUGGGGCAGCCUUAAGGCCCCUGUGGGCCAGGCUAUUUUUGAAGAAUGGAGCCUAGUUCCCAGCGGUGUACCCACCGUCACGGCCGUGUCUCCCUGCGCAGGCUUCCUGGACUGGGUCCCCAAGAAGAUGCAGCGGGUGGGCUGCGUGGAGCUGCUCAACACCGUGCAGAGGCGCGUCCAGCCGCGGCUGCACGUCUUCGGCCACAUCCAUGAAGGGUACGGUGUCAUGGCGGAUGGGACGACCACCUACGUGAACGCGUCCGUGUGCACUGUGAACUACCAGCCUGUGAACCCGCCCAUCGUCAUCGACCUACCCACGCCCCGGAACUCCUGACUGCCCCCGUCGCCCCGCUCCAGCGCACGCCCGGCCCAGCUCGGGUCCCCAGCCACGCGCCCUUGCACCAGAGCAGCCCAGACCAGCCACCUGGCCCUGGGGACCCGAGGCCUGGAAUAGAGGAAAUCACUUCACUGUCACCUCCGCCUCCUGCAGCUGGGGCCCGGUGCCGGCCCCCUCCCCUCUGCCCGUUCCUCCCUGUGCGCCAGGGACCAGCCGGGGACCGCAGGCUCACUCCCCAUCUUGCUUGGGAAAUGACCAGCUCGCCCUCCCGCCCAGCUGGACGCCCUCCUCCCAGGUCUGGGAAGCCGCUGCUCUUGGAAGGUUCUGGAAGGGCUUGCACAAAGUGUCCCUGUGCCCGAGAGUCUGGGGGCUGUGGGCCCCGGGGCCGGCCGGGCCGGAGGUCCUGUAAUCUGGGCGCAGAUGGCCCUUCUUCUCCUGCCGGGCUGGGCAGAGACCACUGGUGGCCAGGCUCGGGAGUGCUCAGGGACAUCUCAGGAAUUGGGAGCACACCUGGCGAGGCCGCGGUGGCCUUGCUUCUCCCCUUCUCUUCCUGGGGGUUUUUUUUUUUUUGGUGACUUGAACUA